AUGAAUAAUGACGCAUACCACGAAGUAACCGCCAUUAAAACUUCGAUAAGCAUUGAGACGAGUGCGACUGAAGCGGGCAACAGAUUUGCCCAGCUUUAUAACGCUACUUUAAGCACUAAACCUAAGAACGCGUGCUUAUUUUAUGACGAGUUCUGUGAUUACAGAACGAUAUACGAAGACGGCACCUGCGUCAUAGCUAAGAACUGGAAAGAAAUUAAUAGUACUCUGUUAAGUUCAACGAACCUAUCAGAUAUUUUCUUCAGAUCGAUUACUUCGGAACCCCGUGAUGGUUCGUUGGACAAGCUGCUAAUUACGGUGACUGGUGCACGUUUCAAGCAUGUAUUUAUCGCGAAUCGCCGUCCGAAACAGGGACUACGUUACGCUAUAGUGAGGUCUGUGAAGCAAUAUAUUCCUCUUAACCAACCAACACAGGUAACAACAUUCAAUGUGGGUGACAGUAUUGCCGAGAAUACUAACGAUCACGAGUCAGAACAAAAGAAUCAAGAAAACAUUUCAGAUGGUAUCGUCAAUUACGUUCAUCCUUCUCGUAAUGCCGUUAUGAAUAACAAUCAAAGUACUAUUACAACCGUGAAAAACCUACCGAAGACUAUUCUAAAACAAGUAACCGGUUCUACCGAAAUUGCCACCACAACCAAACUUUCUCUUGAUACCAUGAAUAAUGACGCAUACCACGAAAUAACCGCCAUUAAAACUUCGAUAAGCUUUGGGACGAGUGCGACUGAAGCAGGCAACAGAUUUGCCCAGCUAUAUAACGCUACUUUAAGCACUAAGCCUAAAAACGCGUACUUAUUUUAUGACGAGUUCUGUGACUACAGAACGAUAUACGAAGACGGCACCUGCGUCAUAGCUAAGAACUGGAAAGAAAUUAAUAGUACUCUGUUAAGUUCUACAAACUUAUCUGAUAUUUUCUUCAGAUCGAUUACUUCGGAACCCCGUGAUGGUUCGUUGGACAAACUGCUAAUUACAGUGACUGGUGCACGUUUCAAGCAUGUAUUUAUCGCGAAUCGCCGUCCGAAACGGGGACUACGUUACGCUAUAGUGAGGUCUAUGAAGCAAUAUUUCCCUACAGACCACCCGACGCAGGUUAAAGCUUUCGCUGCGGGUGACAAUAUUGCUCAGAAUACUUACAAUCAAGAAACGGCAGGAAAGAAACAAGGAAACAUUUCGGAUGAUAUUACCGAAUACAAGAAACCUUCUUUUAAUGCCGUUAAUAUCAACACUUAUAAUGCUAUUACAACCGUCGAAAACUCACCGAAGGGUAUUUUAAAACGUGUAACCAGAUCUACCGAAAUAGCUUCCACUUCAAAUCCAACUCAUGAUACCGUGAUUAAUGACGCAAAUCGCGAAAUAACAGUCAAAAACCCACCGAAGGGUAUUUUAAAUCGUGUAUCCAGUUCUACCGAAAUCGCUACCACUUCCAGACCGGCUCGUGAUACCGUUAAUAAUGACGCGAAGCAGGAAAUAACCGCAAAUAACAAUUCGAAUGAUGUUAUGACGAGUGCGACUGAGGUAGGCUUUAAAUUUGCCCAGCGAUAUUAUGCCACUUUAAGCACUAAAAAGGAUCUUGCGUACUUGUUUUAUGAAGAGCACGGUGAAUAUCAAACGAUAUACGAAGAUGGCACAUCCGUCCUAGCUAAGAACUGGGAAGAAAUAAAUAGCGUUAUUUGGAGUCCUGUAACAUUUUCUGAUAUAUUUGUCAGAUCGAUUACAACGGAAUUUUAUGGUGAAUCGUUGGAAAACCUCUUAAUUACGGUAAUCGGUAUACGGUUCAAGCAUAUAUUUUUCGCAGAUUACCGUCCAAAUCGGGAACUAAAUUACGUCAUAGUGAAGUCCGUGAAGCAAUAUUUCCCUGCAGACCACCCGACUCAGGUUAAAACUUUCGCUGCGGGUGACAAUAUUGCUCAGAAUACUGACAAUCAAGAGACGGCAGGCAAGAAACAAAGAUACAUUUCGGAUGUUAUUGCCGAAAACAAGAAACCUUCUUUUAAUGCCGUUAAUAUUAACACUUAUAAUGCUAUUACAACCGUCAAAACCCCACCGAAGGGUAUUUUAAAACGUGUAACCAGAUCUACCGAAAUAGCUUCCACUUCAAAACCGUCUCGUGAUACCGUUAAUAAUGACGCAAAUCGCGAAAUAACAGUCAAAAACCCACCGAAGGGUAUUUUAAAACGUGUAACCAGAUCUACCGAAAUAGCUUCCACUUCAAAACCAUCUUCUGAUACCGUGAUUAAUAACGCAAAUCGCGAAAUAACAGUCAAAAACCCACCGAAGGGUAUUUUAAAACGUGUAACCAGAUCUACCGAAAUCGCUACCACUUCCAAACCGUCUCGUGAUACCGUUAUUAAUGACACAAAUCACGAAAUAACCGCAAAUAACAAUUCGAUUGGUGUUAUGAUGAGUGCGACUGAGGCAGGCUUCAAUUUCGCCCAGCGUUAUUACGCUACCCUAAACACCGAAAAGGAUCUCACGUACUUAUAUUAUGAAGAGCUCGGUGACUACCGAACCAUUUACGAAGAUGGCACGUCCGUCCUAGCUAAGAACUGGAAAGAAAUAAAUAGUGUUAUUUUGAGUCCUUCGACAUUUUCUGAUAUAAUCGUCACAUCGAUUACCUCAGAACCCUAUGGUGGAUCGUUGGAACACCUGCUAAUUACGGUGACUGGUAUACGGUUCAAGCAUGUUUUCAUCGCGCAUUACCGACCGAAUCGGGAACUUUUUUACGUCAUAGUGAAUUCUGUGAUGCAAUAUUUCCCAGCAGACCACCUGAUGCAGAUAGAAAAUUCCACUGCUGGUGACGUUUAUGCUGACAAUACUAACAUUCACGAGCCAGUAUAA